CGUUUCUCUCGACCUCAAAUUGGAAAUUUAAACGCACUCUUUGCUUUAGGCGCUACGGCAGAUAGUGCGAAAACCUAAAUAAUGGAUUUGACUUUGAAAUAACCUCUAAAUCAUUAUUCUACAUCAAUGCCUCUUUAGAUUACUGAAGGAACUUCGGAUUUGCCGGCGAAUUUCACAUCUUCCGAGCAUGUAAUGGAUAGCAGACUAGGAUCACGUCCAACCCACAGCUCACGACUAAACGCAGAUGGGCCAAACAGUGAGUAUAUUUACACAAACGGCGAAAUUCAUCAUGGAAACGCCGAUGACAGUCGUUCUCGUUCGGACAGGAGUUUCCUCAGGGCACAGCAAAAAGCUGAAGAGGCCUUAAAUUUUAGUAAACAAGCUAGAACGGGCGAGAUAACCAAUGGCCCCACGUUGCCGAAAUUCACUAUGACACUCGUGGACGAUGAAACACCGCUGCCGAUAACUUCGGGACAAACAAGCCCGCGUCAAAGCGAAGCUGAACUUCCAGUGAGGCUAUUCAAAGCCGACAUAUCGGAAAAUAAACCGCCGUCUUAUGAUAGCAGUCAUCACAACACGAAGUCGAGGGAGAUACCUAUUGAGUUAAAGUGCUCAAUGUGCCAACGUGAAUACAGCGAACCGCGGCUCUUGCCGUGUUUACAUAGCUUUUGCUAUCGCUGUUUGGAAGAGGAGGUUUCGCAUCGCACGGAGAACCGAAUACGCUGUCCAAAAUGUCAGAGGGAUUUCGAUUUGGAGGUGAGUUUAGAAGAAUGUUUUCCUUUAUAACUACGUUCAUACUACUAACACAGCACGAAUUCGUCCGAUUCCAUUUGUUGAUACUGGAAAUCGUACGACACUCGACAGCUAUGAAGGCUAUGUUAUAUACAAAGCAAUAUAUUUGUUGCAACAUACAACGCAAUUUCUGUCAUAAAAUCAUAUAUAUAUAUCAUGUAUUAACAAAUAUAGUGGCCAUUUAUUUCAUUUUUGUCUAUUAAAAGUAUGUUAUGUAAAUAAAUUUCGGCAGAGUAGAAUGCGAGCCCAUCUGACAAUUUCCCUCCGGCUACCUUUUUAAAUAAUAUGGAUUAGGUCUCUGUAUCCGAAAUUACGUUGCAACUUGUAGCAAAAGUGUGUAACUUGGCUAUACUUGUGCCCGGAUCCGAACUCGAAAAGCGAAAUCAUACAAAUUUGCAUACGAUUUGAAUUUAUCCUCGGUUCUCGCGUGGGAACCCAUGGCCAGAACUCAAGUUUAACUCCAGAAUAUGUAUUUAAUUGUUCACUAAAAUAUCUGUUUUCACAAAGCAAGCGGUUGAAAGAGAACUAUUUUCAACUAAGCUGCCGUUGUUUGAGUAUGAACUUUAUCUAUCUGAAAGACUCCUGGCAGAAACUAUAUUAACGGCUGCUUAUUGUAGAAUUCUCCCGAAUCACGUUCGGGUCUUCUCCGAAACCGCUAUCUGUAAUGUUAUUGUCAUAAUUAUGAUCUAUUUUAGUGAUUCGAAUAUUCAUGUUAGUCUGUGUUUUUAAAAUUAAGGUAAAGUUAGUUACACGAGGCCAAUUUUGCUGCAACUUGCAGCCCAAUUUCAGAGAGGGAACCAUGCUGUAUGUAAAAAGUAGUCGAUGGUAAAUUGUGAAUAUGCAUGACCGGCAUCCGAUUCCACCGACACUUUCUGUACAUUGAAUACCCAGUGAAAAUGAAAGAAACAGGAUGAAAUUGUUGACAGAGUAAAGAGUGUGCCAUGCUCAUUAUUUCCUUAGCACGUGGGUGUUCCAAAAUAGUUGAAUCUAAUUUUCAGACAUUUUUAAGACUCAUUUCAACGUAAGUUGAACCAUUGUUGGCUAAAGUCCCUUAGACGUUUUUGAAUACAGACUGCAGUGUUUUAAGUUUCGAUCAAAGCUUUCAAAAAAAACUGGUUGUAGCAGCGCUGUAUUGAUUCGUAUUCGAUGUUGUUUAAUAUCACUUGACACAUUUAGUAUCGUUUGUAAACAUUUGUACGUCCAAACAUCGAUGAUAUAUUUUGCUUUCUCGAGCAUAAGAAUAUACACUACAAUAUCAAUGAGCCAAAUACAAUCCAAUAAGUAGUAUGUUGUAACUGUAUAGCACGUGACAACUUCAGUCCCUAUAUGGCGCUCAGGAAUUUUCCUCAAGUUAAAGCCAGACAAACAGCUUAUCAAGUAAUUAUCGCAACUAUAAAAUAGUCGAUUGUCUUUUGUCCGAUAGUCCAGACAGUUUUCUUUUUGUGAUGAUAAACUUGGCCAAGUCUGGAUUAGAUUAAGAUUUUUGCUCGAUAAUACGUUGCCCCAACAUUUAAAGUUUGCGGCGUUUUAGUCUUGUCUGAUGGUCAACAACGUUUAGCUAGUGCUUGUUACAAGUGCAUGUUAGCAGAAUGCAGAGGUCCAUAAACAUUUUCCAUUGUGAACAUGCACUAUAGUACGGGUGUUGCUUGGUAAGAAAAAGAUCAUGCUUGAUUCUUUUACUAUUGGUCAUCUUGAGUACUAUAAAGCCCUGAUUCCAUGGGGGCGCUUUUUCUCGGCGAAAUGCGAAAUAUUUCGCCUGUUUCUUUUGAAUUGUGGGCAAUCAAGUAGAAAUAAUUUAUUCGAGUGGUCACAAUUCAGAAGAAACAGGCGAAAUAUUCCGCAUUUCGCCGAGACAAAGCGCCCGUGGAAUCGGGCCUUAACACAAUUUGCGGCAAUGAGUGUUUUAAUAAAAUACGGUACAACUAUAUAGAAACUCCGAAAAUAUUCAUUUUAAUAUAAUUCAAUAUUAUAAUAAUAACCAUGCACUGAGGUAUGAAAAAUAAUUUGGAUUGAGACUUACAUGUCAAUUAUUGAAAACUUUAAAUUAAAGUCCUUUAUGGUUUCUUAUGACUUGUACAGUAAAAGUCAUGAGGUUUUGCCACUGCAAUACUUGUGACGUCAUAGAUCCCUGAUCUUUGAUAUGUAAAUGAGCUGCAUACUGAUAUGUAAAUGAGCUGCAUGCAUUAUUUAAUGGUUAAAGGCCAUGCAUGUUACACGGUGCAAUUUUUCUUGCAACUUGCAAUGCAAUUCUACUCUUGUGAGAUGUAAAAUUGCCAAAUACGAGUCUUCAUCACACUCCGCUGAUGUUUUCUCAACAUAUCGAAAAUUCUUCACUGAUUUCACUAAUUAACAUCUCUCAAGAGUAGAAUUGCAUUGCAAGUUGCAAGAAAAAUUGCACCGUGUAACAUGGCCUUAAGAGUUGUUAUAUACCAACUGAUAAUGUCUAAAUGUGCCCAGGGCCGCCGAGGGGGGGGGACAGGGGGGGGGAUUGCCCCGAGGUGCUUGGGGCCCCUGAAAAUUUUUUGUUGGGCCCCAGUCUUUUUUGUGUGUUAAAUAUUUCCGCGCAACGGACAAGAUAUCUUUUUUCUUGGGCUAAGUACCGAAAUUUGGCAUAAAAAAUGAGAUAAAGUCCCUGGAAAGCAAUUGCAGCGUACUCGUCCGGAAAAUUUUUUACUCCGGAAAAUAUUUUUUACCCCUAAAAUGGUACACUGACAUUAAAUUUUUUGGCGACGGGGGGGGGUUGUUCUCCGGAAAAAAAAUUUUUCCUGAAAAAUUUUUUGGAUAGGAGGCCACAAAAAUUUGCCCCGGGCCCCCGCCAACCUCUCGGCGGCCCUGACUUGAUGUCCUACGUGAAACUAAACUACGUGUCCUACUUUGGUUUUGAUAAAUGUAAAUCAUGAAGCAAGUAAAUAUGAAAAUCAUGCAACCUACACAAAACAGUGUUUUCUGGAGCAGAUAACACUGUUUCCAGCAGGUUGAGCAAGCGGAAUGUAAUUUUUUAGCAAGCGGAAAUUUUAAACACAAGAAUAAAAACAAGAAAAAAUAACAUGAACGAACGGCAUUUUUGUGAAUAUAUUUUUGUGCAAAAAGUUUUAUUUUUAGACAUUAUUUUUGUGAAUAUAUUUGUUUGAAUGUUAUUUUAAAAUUUGUGCAUUUUUGACAUUUUUAUUGGUACUUUAGCAUCAGGCAAAUAAGUUUUCUAAUAUUUUUAUGCUAAAGUUAUUGUGAUAUUAAACAUAGUUUUCACUGCUUUUCUUGAGAACCAAGCGUUGUUUUGUGUGUACAAAUAAUUGUUUAAUUAAAGGUGUUUAGUGAAAAUGCAAUGUAUAAUAAUAAAAACAGUUGUUGAAUUUGCUUUUGUAAUAUCCCAAAUUAUCAAGGUCUCGGUAAGUGUUCUCAGUCUCGCCAUUAAUUCGCACUUAUGAAGUUAUGGACUUAUCUCGACCUUAAUAAAUACGGAUAUCACAAAAACCUCAUCCAGUACUGACUGUCUCUACAUCGAUUUUCAAUUUUAGCGUUUUCUCAGCGUGAAAGGUUUGCCACCAAACUUCGUCGUGACCACAUUGAUAGAUAAAGCAGCAUUGGAACGUUUCGAGCUGGAACCGGUUUCCUGCAGUAGCUGUGAGGAAAAACUGCCUGCAACUGUGCGCUGUACGGAUUGUAUGGACUAUCUCUGUUCGACAUGUCAUAUUGCACAUCACAGAUUGAGAUUAACUAAAGGUCACCAG